AUGUUUCUUGGACCAGACGGAAUCAAACCAAUGGAUUUUACUUUGGGGAGCGUUUUCGGGUGUGCCAUCCAGCCCAACUCUCAACAGGAUAAUUUAUUUCUUAACCGCCUUCUCUAUCUAGCCGCCACUGGCUAUGAAUUGAGGAAACGAAGUCUCAACCCAGCAGAUGAGUUCGUUAAUACCGCUGUAACCCUUUCUGCUAAAAGACCUCGAGUUGAGGUAUUGCCGACUCCCACAACGUGCAUUCUUCCUUCACGUGUUCUACACGUUCGGAAUUUACCCACCGACAUCACUGAAACUGAUAUUGUCAAAUUGGCUAUGCCAUUCGGACUCAUUGCAAAUCUCGUAUUGACCAAGAAAACUGGUCAAGCUCUCAUUGAAAUGACUUCAGUUGACGUAGCUGCAAAGAUGUUGGAAUACUACCAAUUUUAUCCGCCCUUCUUCCAUGGAAGCGAAGAAUCUGCAAUUCUCCAAUUCUCAAAAUACCAAAAUCUUGAAUUGACUGGAAUUAGUCGACCUGUCUCAGAGGCGAUUGCAAUGGCUAACGAACACUUCCUUCGAUGUGUUGCCGAGAACCCAACCAGACCACGGGUCCUUCGUGUUUUCCUCGAACCCGCUCCACAUAAUCAAUUAAAUUAUAUGGAUUACUUCAAAUUGGGCUAA